GAGUAUCAUUUUUUUAGGUUAUAGUAUAUUGUGACGUUUUCGGUAGUUCAUAGUUUAGUCACAAAUAUUUACAAACAUGGAUAUUGAAGAAGAAAUUGAUGAUGAAAAUCUAUUUAUCACUUUUCCUCCUAUAGUUCAAAAAGCAAUUGAAGAGGUAUUUCCUAGUAAAGAUCCUCUAGAUGAACCUGAUUUUAACAGCAUCGAUUAUAUUAAUUCAUUAUUUCCAACUGAACAAUCAUUAUCAAAUAUAGACGAAGUUGUAUUUAAAGUUGAAAAUAAAAUAAGUUCGAUAGAUAAUGAAAUAAGUACUGUCGUUCGUAGUCAAAUAACAGCAAGUGAAGAAGGAAGACAAGCUUUAGAAGAAGCACAAAAGGUCAUCAAACAACUUUUUGCACAUAUUACUGACAUUAAGGAACAAGCGGAAAAAUCUGAAGAAAUGGUCCGUGAAAUAACAAGAGAUAUAAAACAACUUGAUUCUGCGAAAAGAAAUUUAACCCUGGCUAUAACCACUCUGAAUCAUUUACACAUGUUAGUUGGGGGGGUUGAUACACUGAAAUCUCUCACACAGAGGAGAUUGUAUGGUGAAAUAGUGCUACCACUACAAGCUAUAAGUGAAGUUAUGACACAUUUUGAGAACUAUUCCAAUAUACCACAAAUAAAGAGUUUGAGUGAUCAAGUCAAAUCUAUACACUUUGAAUUAGCAGAACAGAUAACACACGACUUUAAAGAGGCAUUUUCUGGUUCAAAUACAAAAACUGCUAUUCCAAACAAACAACUAGCUCAGGCAUGUUUGGUGCUCUCGAUAUUGGAUCCCAAAGUGAAAAAGGAAUUACUAAAAUGGUUUGUGAAUGUACAGUUACAAGAAUACAGUCACUUGUUCCAAGAAACCGAAGAUACAGCUUGGUUAGAUAAAAUAGACAAAAGAUAUUCUUGGAUAAAGAAACAUUUAUUGGAAUUUGAAGAUAGAUUAGGUAAUAUGUUUCCACAAAAUUGGGAAGUAUCAGAGAGAAUAGCUGUUCAAUUUUGUCAUGAUACCAGAGAAGCCUUAUCGAAAAUUAUGGUGAAGAGAAAGAAUGAAAUAGAUGUGAAACUGUUACUUUAUGCCAUUCAAAAAACUUCUGCAUUCGAAGGACUUUUAGCUAGGAGAUUCACCGGUAUCACAUUGAAUGAAAAUAGUGAUGCUUCUAAAGAUAACGGGGAUGACAAUAAACAUAACGAUUAUGGUAAAAUUGAGGAUAUUAAUUCAUCUGCAUUCCACGGACUUAUAGGUAGAUGUUUCAUCCCCCAUUUAGAAAUCUACAUCGAAAGUGUAGAUAGAAAUCUGGCUGAUUUGAUUGAACGUUUCGUUUUGGAUCAGAAACAAAGUAAACCUACAGAAGCGACCGAAACACAAGCUUCCAUAUUACCCAGUUGUCCUGAUCUGUUUGUAUUUUAUAAGAAGAGUAUGAUACAAUGUAAUCAACUGGAUAAUGGUCAAACUAUGUUGAAUCUCACUAAAACUUUUCAGAAAUAUUUACAUGAAUAUGCGGAAAAAUUGUUGUUGAGCAAUUUACCCAAAAUAGAACCACAAAGUUUGGGUACUUCGGUGCAAAAUUUCACCAAAGAUUUGCAGAAAAUAUCAACGUCCGGAUUGAUACAGAACUUUUCGUCUUUGUUGAAAGAAGGAGAAUUAACCAGGUUCAGUAAAGAAGAACAAACAAAAAUUUGUUAUAUAUUAACAACAGCCGAAUAUUGUUUAGAAACCACUCAACAACUGCAGGAUAAAUUAAAAGAAAAAAUAGUACCUUCGAUGGCGGACCAAGUUGAUUUGACUAAAGAACAAGAUAAUUUCCAUAAAGUAAUAUCAAAUUGCAUUCAAUUAUUAGUACAAGAUUUAGAAAAUUCAUGCGAACCUGCAUUGACAGCAAUGAGUAAGGUCCAAUGGCAGAACGUCGACACCGUCGGUGAUCAAAGUUCAUACAUAACCUCAAUUACCACUCACCUGAAAACCAACGUUCCUAUAAUACGAGAAAACCUGUCACAUUCAAGAAAAUACUUCACUCAAUUCUGCAUAAAAUUCGCCAACAGUUUCAUACCUAAAUUCAUCCAAAGCAUAUACAAAUGCAAACCGAUCAAUACCGAAGGUGCCGAACAACUUCUUCUAGAUACUCACAUGUUGAAAACCGUAUUACUGAAUCUGCCGUCAAUAGCAUCGCAAAUAAACCGCACGGCACCGGCGGCGUACGUUAAAGUUGUCACCAAAGGUAUGACUAGAGCGGAAAUGAUUUUGAAAGUUGUUAUGACACCCAUCGAACCGGCUAAGAAUUUUGUUGAGCAGUAUAAAAAGUUGUUACCGGACAGUCAACUCACGGAAUUCCAUAAAGUUUUGGAGAUGAAAAGCGUAAAGAGACAAGAUCAGACUGUAUUAUCCGAUAUUUUUAAGAGUAAUAAAUAAAGUGAAACAUUUUGAGGUAUUCUCAAUUUUUUAA